CCCCCACAGCACAUACCAAAUGAACGUCUCCUCCCCCACCGCACCUCUCCCUACCCUCCCACACAUCGACCCUAUAGUGCACCACACACACCACAGCACACCACAGCACAGCACACUAGCCGGCCUCAUCUGAUCUGACUGAUCCAUCGUCUGUGUGCAUCUCCUUCUCCCUAUCGUGGCAGCUGACUCAGCCCCUCGUUGCUGCUGGCCAGUCGAGCCGGGCUGGACGAGGCCGCAGCAGCUGCUGGCACACCUAUGGCAGCUCCACCACCAACACCGAGAUCCCCACCAGCACUGCUGACGCCCCCUCCAAGACGGGGCGGUUGCGGUGGGCGAUGCGCAUGGCCGCUCAGCGUCGGACCAGUCGAUGGAAGGACACCAACACCAGCAGCAGCGGCACCAGCAGCAGCAGCAGCAGCUCGAGCGGGAGGCGACAAGGCAGCGGCAUUGGCAUUGGCCCGCGGCGAGGGAGGGUCAUUGGUGAGGUCGGUGCUCACGACGGGAUUGCCUGGGGGCUGCUGGGGGUGUGGAUGGCCUUGGCUUGGGGAUCGCGGCACAGCCCAGCCGUUGGUGUGUCUGGGCGAGGCAGGUGGCGGCCAGCCUUGCGCGGCGACCAUGCCAUUGUGGGCAUACCAGCCAGCCACAGUGGACGGCAGCCGACGUUUCAGCGGCGGGAUGGCGAUGGCCUCCUGCACCCGGGAAGGGCUGACGCGCGCCAGUUCCGCCGCCUCCACCUGGCUCAACGGCGUGUGCAGAAAACGGCUGUCGAUGUGGUUGUAAUACCUUCAUCACACACACACACACACACACACAAACUGGUGUGUGUCCCCUCCCUCCCUCCCUCCCUCUCUGUGUGCCCACAUACCAGUCUCUGACGAUGGUUGGGCUCUUUUUGCCGCGUCUGCCGACGCCCGUGAGGGCCUCGAAGCGUGUGACCAUCUCGGCAACGUACUGCCAGUCGAUCUCAUAGAAGUCCGGCGGCGGCCAGCGCAUAUAGACCCUGAGUGACCAAACCAGCGAACCAAUCGAUGGAUUGAACACACGCACACACACACGCACACACGCACACACACACACACACGCACACACGUACCACUCGGUGGUAUCGGACGGAAGGCUGGGGUCAUCCUCUCUCCGCAGCGCCCGCAGGUAUCGCACCAGCAGCUUAACAAAGAGGUCCGAGGAGCAAGUGAACCGCUCCCCGACGGCCUUGGCGAGCUCCGCCUGAAUGCCGUAUUCCAUGUCGUCGGGCUGUGCGCCGCGCCGCCCGAUGCGCAGUGCGUUUGCCUGCGGGCAUAGGCUGCUGAGCUCCUGCUGCAGGACGGCCGAUGCGACCCAAUUGGCCGUCUCGCCCGCCCGGCGCAGAGCUGUCAUGAAGUCCAUGUCGGCCGCUUCCCACGCCUGAACCAACGAAGGCAGCAGAUGCGAUACGGCCAUUCGCACGUUUUCUCCCGCCGUCUGUGGUUUCAUUCAUUAAUCUGUGAGUGCCUUACGGCAGUGACUGCGCGCCAUAUGGUGUUCCAGUGCGCCCAGAUGUUGGCUGGGACGUUCUCGCAAUCGUGGUCGAAGUUGCGUACCAUGGCCAGCGUGAGCACUGUACCCGAGGGCACCGCUCCGAAGGCCCUGCAGCAGACCGACACAGAUGGAAAAAUGAUUCUGCAGGUUUGUCGGUGUCUUGGCUUGUUGGUUUGAUGUGACCUGAGCAUCUUGAAGAGGAUCCAGUCGACGUCGCAGGUGCCCGUUGGGCCGACGUCAGUCUUCUGUUGCCGCUUCCUGCCGCCCAUACCCACGCCCAUACCCAUGCCAGCCGUCUCAUACUCAUCUUCUGCACAACACACACGCACACAAACACACACACACACACACACACACAGAGAGAGAGAGAGAGGAGAAUGGGCCUCACUAUCCCUCCAUGCAGUUAGCCAGCCAUUUCUGACCCUCCUGACGAUCCUGCUCCAGCAGCGGGCCCUCUUCCUCAAGGUCGACGAACUCUUCAUCCUCCUCCCGCCGACGCCGAUGCGCGUAAUGCCCCCGCCGCAUACUCAUGCCGUGGAUACUCCGCACGCGGCUCUCGAUGGUAUCCAUCUCCUCCUCCCCACUGUCCCUGCUCGAAGGCACCAUGCUGCCCGGGUCCACAUCGUCGGGGUUCUGCCGGGGGCGCCGGCGACGCGCUGACCGCUCCAGAGGGGUAGGGGCCUCAUCUUGCUCGGGAUGGGGAACCAGCAGCCGGGCGGCCUGGUAGAGGAAGUCUGGCGAUGUGGGAUCUGACAGAGAAACAGCCAGACAGACAGACAGACAGGCAGACAUCCAGACAGGCUGGUCUUUCGGGCAUUGUUUGCUGGGUGGUGAUUACCGAGUCCUUUGAGAGCCUCGUUUUGCCCGAGGAGGUCAGCGUCGCCGUCCUUGUCUGAUCCGACGAAGGUUGCGGUGGAGAAGGUGGUGACGCCGCCUUCGCUGAGCUGAACCCUGGCCUUGUGGGCGUAGGUCUGCAAGAUGGCGUCAAUCGACGACCGCUCGAAUGCCGCUGCCUCCUCGCUCGUCGUCUCGUCAGCUGAAGGCAGGUGCACCCAAGGAAAGACAGAGAGAGAAAGUGGCGAAUCUUGUGUGUGUGUGUGUGUGUGCGUGUGUGUGUACGUUUGAAUGCGGCGAAUAUGCCUUUGGUGAGGAGCUCUUCCUCCUGCUUUUUGUCGAGCUUGGUGGCCUGCUGACCUGACCCGCCCAUCAACACCUACACACACACAUACACACACACCUCUUCGCACACGCACACACCCCCGACAUACACGCAUUUAAAGCUGACUGACCUUCUCGAGCCCAAGUUUCUUCCCUGCAAUGUCGAAGAGCAGGUGCUGCUCGUAGGUCUGCUUCAUGACGAGCUGGUAGACCUGUACCUCCUCAGUCUGGCCGAUGCGGUGGCACCUGCUCUGCGCCUGGAGGUCAUGCUGGGGAUUGAAGUCGCUGUCGUAGUGCACCACGGCCGUAGCGGCCGUGAGGUUGAUGCCCACACCGCCCGAACGAGUGGUCGAUAGGAAGAUGAAUCGCUCGGGGUCGCUGUUGAACCUGGUUGACAGACACACAGGCACACAGGCAUCUGAGUUCCUCGUCUCUUGAGUGUACCUUUCCUAACUGGUGUCCGCACCUGUCGAUGGCGAGCUGUCUUUCCUCCCCCUUGGUCUGUCCAUCGACUCGCUCCCACAGCCACCCACACAGCUCGAUGUAGUCCUCCAGGCGGUCCAACGUCUGUGUGAACUGCGAGAAGAGGAGCACUUUCCUGUUCUCCUGUUUGAGCUUGUGCAGGAGCUUGUCGAGGAACACCAGCUUCCCCGACACCUGGCGGUGCAAACGGCGCAGGUACGCCGCAUCGCUCUCGCCAGCUGCACCCACCCCACACAGAGAGGAGAGGAUAUCAGUCUGUGGUGUGCCUGUCGGUAGUGUGGUCUGUCUGUCUGUUGGCACAUUCCCUGACUGACCUUCCUGCUUGGCCUGCUCUCCGAGCUUUCCGUCCUUGAGCAGCUCGAACAGAUUCUGCACCAAGUAGGGAUGGUUGCAGACCUUCCGAAGCUGCAUCAAUGAAUGACAUGAGAGCACCACACACACGACAGCAGUGCCAGCUGGUGUGGUGUUUUCCCCGCACACACACGAGCUUACCGCCAUGGGAACGUUCUUCAGGGCGUACCAGCGCCAUCCACCUUGCUGUUCUGUCAGGACUCCCUUGCCGUAGACGAGGGCGUAGCAGCGCUUCUGCAGCAGGGUGAGGGGGAUCUGCACGAUCUGCACCUCCUUGGGCGGCAGAUCCUUCAGCACACCCGUCUUCUCCCUAUACACCCACACAGAAAGGUGAGAACGUGCGUGUGGGUGGGGUGCGUCAUCAGGGUGGCCCACCUUCUCAGGUAGUACGGCACCAUGAGCUCUCUCAGCCUGUCCACACGGUCACUGCAGGCAGACAGACAGACAGACAGGCCACACAACGCAGAGAAUGCCGGCUGCACUGCGCGCGUGUGUUGUCCGUACGUGUGUUCCUCCAGCUCGCCAAACUCCGCCAAGAAACGGGACUGCGACCUGUGCACACACACACACACGCACGCGCAUGUGGAAAGACAUACACACACGGGUGAGUCCCUUUCCUUCCAUGUGGCUGCCUGCUGGCUUCCCAGCCAUGCAUAUGCAUGCAGCAGGUGCGGAGCGUGCGCACACACCAUAUGUUGUCGUCUUUGGGUGUGUCUUGGCGGGCUCCCUUGCCAGACGGCUCCUCCUUGUAUGGGAAGCGUGGCGGGUCGGCCAGGUGCAAAAAGGGGAAGAUCUCGGCGGGGCGGUUCUGCACCAGAGUGCCUGAAGGAAUGAACAAAAAGAGAGAGAAAAGGCAACGGACGGGCAGUGGUGUGAAGGAAGGCGUGAUAUGAGUGAGUGGUCCCCGUCGGUCCGUCCCCCACCCCUAACGACCGGUGAGCAUGAUGAACAUGUCGGCUUUGACCCGCUCGACGAUAGUCAUGAACACCUGAGUCUCCGCCCCGCUCUACAGACGGCACGCACACACCACACAGCACCCAACACACACAUGGAUGGAUCGAUGGAUGGCGGCCCUACUGCUCACCCUGAGGCGCUGCACCUCAUCCAGGAUGACCGCCGUCCACUUCCAGCUGCCCCCAUCACGUUGGCACAUGCUCGCGAACUCGGCCAUGGCGAGCAUCUCGUAACUGCACAGCACCACGUCGGGCUUCAUCACCUUGACUCGCCACUUGUCGGCCGCAGCAGCGGCAGCAUGCACAUUGGGGACCGUCUGGCCCGUCUGGGCGUCCAUCCACCGAAUCUCGUGGCUCAUGAUGAGCUGACGGUCCUCAACGCCCCCUGCACGCAACACACAUGAAUGGAUGGAUGGAUGGAUGGAUGGGCGUACACAGAGGCAUACCGAGGAAUGGCAGCACGUUAAGGUGGGGAGUCCACUGCUCAAACUCCCGCCGCCAAUUCAGCAGGGUCGUCUUGGGCACCACACACAGCACAUGCGGCCGUACUCCACCCGAGGCCCCACUCGCCCGGUCCAUGAGGUGCUCCGCCGUCACAAUCGACUGGCAGCUCUUCCCCAGCCCCAUCUCGUCACACAGGAGCGCGCCGCGGCUCUGCGAGUGGUUCCAGAGAAUCCACUGGAUGCCUUUUAGCUGGUGCGGCAGCAGCGACAUGUACCGCGCUUCAUCGACCGCAGUGGUCGCAUCGCCAUUGGUUUUGGAGGGGAGGUAGGUGCCGUCGGGCAGCACCUUGCGAGCCGCGAAAUCCGUCCAGCUGGCGCUGACGCCAUCGGUGACCUGGAGAGCCUUCGCUGCGUCACCAUCAGUAUCAGCAGCGGCAGCAGCGGCAGCAGCAGGAGGGUUCGAAGGUGAUUGUGUCGGUGGCUGUGGGUCGGCUGCCCCCGCCGCCGCUGCGGCCUUGAGGGCCUCUUCGCGCAUCUUGGCGAGCUGGUCAGGGGGCGGCGGUGUGAACGUUGGAAAGACAAACGACGCAUUGGCCUCCUCAAACCUGAUGAAUGAAGUAAUCGGACGGACAUACAGCGGUUGCCUUCGUGGUGCGCGCUUGUGUGUCUGCCGCCUGCCCACCCACCUCUGUAUGGCGCGUCUGUCUUUGUGAGAUGUGAGUGCGGUGGCAUUCUCCCAUGUCGAGUCCUUGUAGCCGCGCAUGUGCCACUUGACCAGAUACUGACGCUCGCCUGCCACAGAGGAGGGCGAAGACGACGGCGACGCUGACGUCGGGCUGCGGGUCCUCUGGUGGGCAAGAAGGGGAGGGAGGGAGGGAGGGAGGGAGGGAGACGACACAGGCGGCGAAUAAGAGGGGGUGCAUCAAUGUGUCCCUGGGUGUGUGUCUGUGUGUGUGACUUACCAUUCGGACAGCGACGAUGCGGUCGACCUGUUGGUAGAGCUCGUGGGUGCCCCUCUCCAUCGCUGCAUGCGACACGGAAUAGAUGGAUGGAUGGAUUGACGGCGGAUCCAUGUCAUGUGUGUCUGUCUGUCUGCCCACCUGAGAGCCCGUAUGGUCUGGCGAUGUUGUUAGUGCGCCAUCGGUUGAAGUAGCCCUUCCCCGCCACUACCAACACCUCCGCCUCAGUCAUCCACCGCAGAGCUCUGCAAUGCAAGAGCCGAGCGCGUCUGAUCGUUGCUCUCGUGUUCUACCUGCCGCCUAUUCCUUACCGAUACGACUCGCCCUUCAUCUUGACGAGCAGUUUGACCUCGUCCGAGCCAUCCUCCGCCCUGUCGUGCGCCAGGAUGGCCUCGAUGCGCCCACUGCCCUCCUCACCUUCAUGCUCGUCAUCCUGACACCCACCCAAAGAAGAGGUACAGAUCGGCGUGCAACAAACCCCAGUCCCCAUGUGUGUUGGUGUGCCUUCUCCUCACUCACCUCGUGCUCCGGUUCCGGCGGCUUCUUCUGUCUCUUCUUCUGUUUCUUCUUCUUGACGGCCUUCCUCUUGGGGCUGGUCGCGGCACCACUCGCCGCAGGCCGCAGGAUAAGCAGCCGGUCCUCGUCCCCAGACUCGUUGGAGGAAGACUCCGGGGACGACUGGGGCUGGUCGACGGCCAUACCCACCGGUUCGUCGUCUUGCUGACCGCCAUCCGCUUCAAACUCCUCCUGGCCCUCCUCCUCCGUGUUGCCGCCGUCCUCCUUGCUGCUGUCCUCCUUCGCUAGGCCUAGCUCCCUGCACAAAUUGGAACCAACGGAGGAGCGAAAAGGGGCCAUGCUCAUGGUGGGUGUGUGUGUCUGUCUGUCUGUCUGUCUGUCUGUGGCAUCCAUCCAUUGUCUUACGUGCAUGUGGGGCACCACCAGUUUUCCUCCGGCACGGCGGUCAGCCUGGGCUCCACAGGGACGCAUGGCGGAUGGAAGCCGCUGUCGCAUCCCUCACACAGCAUGAUGGUUGGCGGCUCCUUGUUGCUGCCGCACACGAUGCACCCAAUGUCGUCGAAGCGAACCUGCAGGGCGUCCCUUAGUGCCCUCUGCCGCUCCUGCACCUCCACCAAAUUAUCCUCGUCGUCGGCAGCAUCGCUGAGAGGCUCCUGCCGAUACGCCUCCGCGAAUGGGACGUAGUUGGUGCCAGUGGACGGAAAGAGAUCAAAGUUUCGCGCGUGCCCACUGACAGACAGACAGACAGUCAAUCCAUGCGAUGCAUGUUCGUGCGUGUAUAGUGCAGCUGUGCGUACUAAUUUCUGGAUCUGAAGAAGUAGAGGUUGGCGUCCUGCUGCCUGGUCUCCGGCAUGGGCGUCGCGAGGUCUUGAUAGGUCUGCGGAUCGUUCAAGUCCACAAGCUUGGCCGGCUCGGCAGCGACGCCAUGCUGAUCCUCGUCGUCGCCGGUACGUCGGGAACGGGCCCAGCACACCAGCUGAAUGCCAACACGGCCCACAGCACAGCACAGCAGAGCAGAGGAAACCUCGGUGAGCGAGAGCGAGUCAAGCACAAUGAUUGAUUGUCAGCGAUUGUGUGCGGUGCUUCUGUACCAGUCGAUGGGAACUGUUGUCUGUCGGCGGUGAGCCACCGCCAGGCAUCCUGAAACCGAUGAGGGAGCACGAGAGGCUGAGACGAUCGCUCCUGUGUGGGCCGAG